UUUUUGUGGUGCCAGUCCUGGGGCUUGAACUCGGAGCCUGGGUGCUUGUCCUUUAGCUUGUUUUGCACAAGGCUGAUGGUGCUCUACCACUUGAGCUUCAGCUCUACUUCCAGCUAUUUGGUGAUGCAUUGCAGAGAAGCUCAGGGACUUUCCUGCCCUAGCUGGCUUCAAACCACCAUCCUCCUCAUCUCAGCCUCCCGAGUAGCUAGGAUGACAGGCACCCAGCUCAAACUUCUCUUUGCAUGAACAAGUCGUUUGUAGCCUGACUGAUCGAGCGGGGGGAGGCUCCCGGCACUCUGUCCUGCAAUAGCUGGGUAGCUUGAGCAAAGCCUUCUCACCUCCUUGAGCCUCAGUUUCCUUUGGAGGCACAUGAGGAGAGGACCCUCUUGAGCCCACAUGGUUUGGGGCCUCCGUGGUCUGCCUGGGUUCUGUCCAUUGUAUCCAUCUGCCUGACAGACAUGAGCUGAGACGAUUUGGAAUUUCCCAGAAUCCUCAGGCUACCAAACUUUCCUCCCUUCACCCGCCCCCCUCCUUUUUUUUUUCUGGCAUGCUGGCAGCUACAGCUUGACGUUUCUGCAUACAAGUCUUUGUGGCUGCUGCUUUAAGACGUGCAGCCCGAGCCCCAGCUGCCAGUACUUUCCAGAGCAAUCCAGCCCCUAGUUUUCACAUAGCAUGGAGCUCUGGGGAGCCUAUCUGCUCCUCUGCUUCUUCUACCUCCUGACUCCUGUCACUGCUGAGGCACCGACCCCCAAGGUCAAGAAGGCUGCGAGUGCCAAGAAAGAUGGUGUGGGCCCCAAAAUGUUGGAGGAAUUCAAGAGCCGCUUGGACAGCCUUGCCCAGGAGGUGGCGCUGUUAAAGGAGCAACAAGCUCUGCAGACAGUCUGCCUGAAGGGUACCAAGGUGCACAUGAAGUGCUUCCUGGCCUUCAGCCAGGCCAAGACCUUCCACGAGGCGAGCGAGGACUGCAUCUCGCGCGGGGGCACCCUGGCCACCCCGCACUCGGGCUCCGAGAACGACGCCCUGUACGAGUACGGGCGCCAGAGCCUGCGCGACGAGGCCGAGGUCUGGCUGGGCCUCAACGACAUGGCGACCGAGGGCUCCUGGGUGGACAUGACCGGAGGACACAUCACUUACAAGAACUGGGAGACGGAGAUCACGGCGCAACCGGACGGCGGCAAAGCCGAGAACUGCGCCGCCCUGGCCGGGGCCGCCAACGGCAAAUGGUUCGACAAGCGCUGCCGCGACAAGCUGCCUUACAUCUGUCAGUUCGCCAUCGUGUAGUUCCGGGGCGG